AUGCUUGUCUCGCUCGAGAUGAACAACAAGGACCCGGCAUACGACUACUUCCUCACCUGGAUGGCCGCACAGUCUUCCCGAACGCAAGCUGGUCAGGCUCCUUGGUCGUCUCUCUUCCGCUCGUCUACACCAUGGAUGCGCAGCCACCAGCUUGGCGUACAAACACUCCAAGAGCAACGCAAGAACGGCAGCGCGUCCGUUAUGUUCAAGCUCGUCGCUGCCCCGGGGACUCAUCUCCUUCGCUACAAUAGCGUCUGGAUGCAAGUCCGUCGGGAGCGGGAGACCAAGGCCCCCAACCUGAUGACCGGUACGCCAUGGGAGACUAUCACAGUGACCACCCUCUCCCGCGACCGGGGUAUAUUCCCUCAGCUGCUUUCUGAAGCUCGCGACCUUGCAAUGCGUGGGCAAGAAGGGAAGCUGGUGAUCAAUAUCCCUUGGGGCUUGGAAUGGAAACCGUUUGGUCAGCCGCGAAGGAAACGACCCAUCAAGAGUGUCGUUCUCUCGGAGGGUGUGGCCGAGAAGAUUGAGGCCGACGUUCAAGCCUUCCUUCAGCGACGACAGUGGUACGCUGACAGAGGUAUACCAUACCGUCGCGGAUAUUUGCUCCACGGUCCCCCCGGGUCCGGCAAAUCGUCCUUUAUUCAAGCUCUCGCAGGCGCCCUCAACUACGACAUAUGCGUACUCAAUCUUUCUGAGCGGGGUCUCGCAGACGACAAGCUUAUCCAUCUGCUGGCCAACACCCCAGAACGUAGCUUUGUCCUCAUCGAAGAUAUCGACGCGGCCUUCAACAAGCGAGUUCAAACCAGUGCGGACGGGUACCAAUCCUCGGUCACGUUCUCCGGAUUCCUUAACGCUUUAGACGGUGUCGCAUCUGGAGAGGAGCGCAUCAUCUUCAUGACCACGAACCACCCAGAGGUCCUCGAUCCCGCCUUGAUUCGCCCAGGGCGCGUCGACUUAUCCGUCUUGAUUGACGACGCCUCACCGAAGCAGGUGCGCUCUCUCUUUGAGCGUUUCUAUGGCAAAGAUGACGUCGCGGAGAGUGCGGGCGGCGUUGUCGGCAAGGAACGCUCCGAGACCAAGGAGUGGGAUCGCAUUCCUGAGGCAAUAUUGAGGCAACUGGCAAAUGAAAUCGAACUGGCGGUAGAGGAGGAAGCCAAGGCAGGGCGUAGGAUCAGCAUGGCAGCUUUGCAAGGUCUACUCAUCAGGAGCAACGCACAUGAAGCAGUACGGGAUAUCGGAACGCUUUUCGUGUCCAGGGCACCCACGUCGUAA